AUGUCGAGGAGAAAGACAAGAGAGCCAAAGGAGGAGACAGUGACACUUGGACCUGCUGUUCGUGAUGGAGAGCAAGUCUUUGGUGUUGUCCACAUCUUUGCCUCAUUCAACGACACUUUCAUUCAUGUGACUGAUUUGUCUGGACGGGAAACACUUGUUCGUAUCACUGGUGGGAUGAAGGUGAAAGCCGACAGAGAUGAGUCAUCACCUUAUGCUGCUAUGCUUGCUGCUCAAGAUGUCGCUCAGCGUUGCAAGGAACUUGGAAUCACUGCGAUGCAUGUGAAGCUCCGUGCCACUGGUGGUAACAAGACCAAAACCCCUGGUCCUGGUGCUCAGUCUGCUCUCAGAGCCCUUGCCCGUUCUGGCAUGAAAAUUGGUCGCAUUGAGGAUGUGACUCCAGUCCCAACAGACAGUACCCGCAGAAAGGGUGGAAGAAGGGGAAGGAGGCUCUGAGUACUACUCUCUGGUCUCAGCUGGAAGCUUCCCUUUAUGGGCUGGGUUUAUUCAUCCCUAUGUGUUUCAUUUUGUUUCGAUUGGUAGAUUGAAAAUGUGUUUUGAUCACUGUAUUCGGCGUUAUUGUUGUUCAAACUCUUCACAGAUUUAUUUUCCUCCUAAAUAUUCAAAAAAAAAAAUUGGUUAAUUUAUUCUCAUAAACAUCUUGUGUGUGUACAUGCAAUAUU